AUGCAACCAAUACUCGCGCAAUCGCUCACGCGCGCCUGGAGCGGGCGAACCUAUCGCAACUGCCAAAAUAUCCGUCUACUGUCCAGUACCCCCCAGCGCAGCAGCAGACUCCGCGCACGCCUAGAAAUCCCCCCUCCCUUCCCUGUUACCAAGACAUGCCCCGAACCAAGUUGCAAUUGUCCACCCACGCCCGCCCUGCCGGAGGGGUUACCGAUCGAUCAUGAACAAGUCUUGAAUGGAACGAUGGCUGCCUACACGCAGCAGCUUCUCAUCUGCACCGGACAGCCAGACUGGACGAGUCGCAUUGAGGAUGAUGGUGAAAAUAAAGGCUGGGGCAACCUCGUGAGAGGGCUGAAGACCCUGCUAGGUCGUGGCGGGCCAUAUCUUGAUCCUUUCAACAAUGUCUUGGUUACGAAUUCAUCUAUUGCCCCAGCUGCAAGCUCCUCUCCCUCCUCCGCCUCAGCAUUCCUCUUCCCCAGCUUCAAGUACAUCCCCUCAAUACCCGUGAACUCAGCCUCAUCGCCCGACCAAACAACCGAUCUAACAACCUUCGUACGCGCAUAUCUCCUCCCCGAACGACUCCACGACAUGCACUCCUCUCUCCCCGCAGCCAAACAAGCAGACAUGACGCGAUCUCCGGACCUAACAUCAAACUUCCCGGGAGUAAUCGACAUCAACCACUCCCCGACAGUGUUGAUAUGCGGACAUGGAGGUCGCGACAUGCGCUGUGGUGUCAUGGCCCCCCGCCUUGGAAAGCGAGUUCAAGCGGGUGUUGCAAGCGCGAGGAUUCACCUCCGCGGACAUCAUGUUGGAGGACAUAAAUACGCAGGCAAUGUGAUUGUUUAUAUCCCGCCGAAGAUGACUGUGGGAAAUUACUCAGAGCCUCACCCGCUGGCGGGUAAGGGGAUUUGGUACGGCCGCAUUGAACCCAAGCAUGUGGAGGGGCUUGUCGAGGAGACUAUUCUCGGCGGGAAAGUGGUUACGGAUCAUUUCCGUGGUGGCGUUGACAGGAGCGCUAUGCAAUCCCUCUCCCGACUCCGAUUAACCAGCGCCAUCGCGCCUGGCCGCAUUCACGCGCGUCCAACCCUCCGAGCCCUCUCACCAGUCUACACCCUAACCCGACUAUCCAGCACCUCGACCCGCCGACUGGACCUGCCAGCACUCGACAAAAAAUGGCACGCAAAAUGGGAAAGCGACCGUGGGGCGCCGCACCUAACACCCAACACAACAGAGAAACCCAAAUCCUACAUCCUAUCCAUGUUCCCAUACCCGUCCGGCACGCUACAUAUGGGCCAUUUGCGCGUAUAUACGAUCUCCGAUGUGAUCUCGCGGUUCUAUAAAAUGCGCGGGCAUGAUGUGGUCCAUCCUAUGGGGUGGGAUGCAUUUGGACUGCCGGCGGAGAACGCGGCGAUUGAGAGAGGAAUUGAUCCUGCGGUGUGGACGCAGGCGAAUAUUUCGAAGAUGAAGGAGCAGUUGAGGUGUAUUUCGGCGGAGUUUGAUUGGGAUCGGGAACUGGCUACGUGCUCCCCGGAUUUCUAUGAGCAUACUCAGCGCAUCUUUUUGAUGUUAUAUCAAAAGAAUUUGGCGUAUCAGGCGGAAGCCUUGGUCAAUUAUGAUCCUGUUGAUAAGACUGUUUUGGCAAAUGAGCAGGUCGAUGCCAAUGGAUUCUCUUGGAGGUCUGGGGCUAAGGUUGAGAAGCUGAACUUAAAGCAGUGGUUCUUUAAGAUCACUGAUUUCAAGGAAGCACUUCUGAAAGACCUUGAUUCUCUUGCCGGGGGAUGGCCGGAGCGUGUCCUGUCGAUGCAACGCAAUUGGCUUGGGAAGUCUUAUGGUGCCAAGGUUACAUUCCCUGUGACCAUCGGACGGGAUGCCCAAGUGGAUGUGAAUGUAUUCACUACCCGGCCGGACACUUUGUAUGGUGUGGAGUAUUUGGCACUCUCGUUGAAUCACCCUAUUGUGUUGAAGGCCGCGGAGGAAGACGGGGCGCUUCGCACAUUUCUGAGUGAUGCAUCGUCGCUUGCACCAGACUCCAAAGCAGGAUACCGGCUGUCCGACAUUGAGGUGUCUCAUCCAUUAUGCAGUAUCGAUACAGAAACCCCCCACUUGCUCAGGAAGCUUCCUGUUUUUGUGGCUCCUUACGUUCUUAGCGACUAUGGCGAGGGAGCAGUCAUGGGUGUUCCGGGCCAUGAUACCAGGGACAUGAUGUUCUUUAAGGAAAAUAUCAACACCGACUCGAUCCCUAUUGUUAUUGAGGCUGAGCCAAGUGGCAAUGAGACAAACAGCAGUGUUAUUCCGUCAGAAACAAAGGCUUUCACUCAAGAGGGAUUCCUGACCUCGCGCUGCGGAAAGUACCAAGGGUUACACUCCAAGGAGGCAUCAAAACUGAUUGUCAAGGAUCUGGAGCAGGUCGGCCAGGCUGCUUUCGUCGAGAGCUGGCGCCUACGGGAUUGGUUGAUCAGUCGCCAGCGAUAUUGGGGUGCACCCAUUCCCAUUAUCCACUGCGGGGACUGUGGCCCUGUGCCGGUGCCCGACAAGGAUCUUCCAGUGCAGCUGCCGAAGAUCGAGGGAGAGUGGCUUAAGGGAAAGAAGGGAAACCCCCUGGAAUCCUCAGAAGAAUGGCUGCACACAAAAUGCCCCAGUUGCAAUGGUCCCGCUCGACGUGACACAGAUACCAUGGACACCUUCGUGGACUCGUCUUGGUAUUUCUUGCGGUUCUUGGACUCUGCUAACAAGGAAUCUCCAUUCUCUCCUGCAGUGAUGCAACCAGUGGAUGUGUACAUCGGUGGUGUUGAGCAUGCCAUUCUGCAUCUUCUCUACGCUCGAUUCAUCUACAAAUUCCUCUCUCAGUCUGAGCUGAGCCCAAAUAAGAACUCUACUGCGCCCGCAGAGCCGUUCAAAGUGCUUCUCAGCCAGGGUAUGGUCCACGGAAAGACCUUCACUGAGCCCUCGACCGGCCGCUUCCUUCUUCCGGCGGAAGUUGACCUGACCAAUCCAGACAAGCCUUUGAUAAAGGGAACCCAAGUCGCCCCUAGUAUCUCCUUCGAAAAGAUGUCCAAGAGCAAGUACAACGGCGUGGACCCUACAACCACCACAUCAAAGUAUGGCGCCGAUGCUACUCGCGCACACAUCCUAUUCUCCGCACCAGUCAGCGAGGUUCUAGAAUGGGACGAAACCAAGGUCGUCGGCGUCGAGCGCUGGUUCAACCGACUCUGGAAACUUGUCCAAGACACCCAGCAGACCCUGACGGAGGCAUCAUUCUCCGUCUCGGAAGCAGACCUGAAAUCAUUCACUACCCAUGCCGCUCCCCUCCCAUCAUCACUCCAGGAUAUAAGCGACUCCGACGCAGACGCAGUCCUAGCCACCCACAACACCAUCGCAUCCGUCACAACCUGCAUCGAAAGCAACCCCUACGGUCUAAAUACAGUUAUCUCAGACCUAACCAAGCUGACCAAUACCCUGGCCUCAACCCCCGCCUCCUCCCCUCUCAUUCUAUACCUAUCCAUCUCAUCCCUCCUCCGUCUACUAGCCCCCAUCGCCCCAGCCUUAGCCUCUGAAUCAUGGGAAGUGCUACACGCAACCACAAAUAGCUCUACCACACCGGUACCAUCGGUCCUUUCAUCACCCUGGCCCAGUACCCUCCUCACACCAGACCAAGCCGAAACCCUCUCCUCUCGCGGCGGUCAAACGGUCGCCGUCCAGAUCAACGGAAAGCUCCGCUGUGCGGUAACAAUUCCGCGCAUGGAGUCAGCGACAGCAUCGCAGGGCAAGAAUGCCCCUUCGCAGGAAGAACAGGAUUGGAUUGUUAGUCGGGUGUUGGAGACUGCUGAGGGGAAGUCGUGGCUUCAGGAGAAGAAUGAUUGGGAGAAGAGACGGCGGGUUAUUGUUGUUAAGGGGGGUAAACUUGUUAAUGUUGUUUUCUGA